UAUGCACACAUGUACCACAAUAAAUGCAACAGAAGAAAUUGAAGAAUUUAGUCCGCCCAUCAUGUUUGAACGAACAUUGUAUCAUUAUAGCAGUUAUUACGAAGGGGAAAAGGGUUCGUUCCAAAAAACAGCAAACAGAGGAAAACCAACCCUUCAAGAACACAAGAGAAAGAUUUCUGGAGAGGACCUUUUUGGUUUGUCUCAUCGCUCAGGUGAGCUAGCAAUGGCUAAUGAUGAUGAUUUCACUUUUUGUCAGGUUGGUGAACCAGAUAAGCAAGAUUAUGUGGAUGCACAAAAGAUAGCUCAAAAUAUUAGUGGAAUUAGAAUAGAGGAUGAGCCCUCAAAUGAUGCUGGUACUAGCCAAAGUAAUGGUGCACCAUGGGAAGGUAAACUGGGCAACAAUGCUACCUCAAAAAAGGAGGGAACAGUUGGUUCUUUGUCUUUCAGUGUUAUAGACACAUCUCCAGGCAACCAAGCGAGUGGAACUUCUGCUCAAGUGGCAUCAAAAGAUGGUGUAUUUUCAGUCCAGACUUCUCAGAAGCAAAUAAAGCCUGCUAGGAAGCCUGUAGUUCGAGCCAAGGUUCCCUUCGAGAAGGGUUAUAGUCAGAUGGACUGGCUUAAGCUUACAAGAACACAUCCUGACCUUGCAGGAUUGAAAGGACAGUCCAAUAAGAGACUUAUAUCAAUGGUUGAAGUUAAGGAACACCAAAAUGCAGAUGCAAUGUGGACUGUUCUUAAAGGACGUGUCUACAAUAUAACACCAUACAUGAAGUUUCACCCAGGAGGUGUUGACAUGUUGAUGAAGGCCGUAGGAAAAGAUUGCACGGCAUUGUUUAAUAAAUACCAUGCUUGGGUUAAUGCUGAGUUUAUGUUGGAGAAAUGUCUUGUGGGCAUGUUGGAUGACAGCAAAUGAAGAAUCCUUGUUUCAUUGAUCCCAGAAACAACUGUAACAGACGAGCAUUGUCACUGCAAAGAAGAUUGUCCUUAACAGAAGACAUUUGCUUCUUUUGAGGAAAAAUUUAAAAGCCAUUGUAUAUUGGACCAACUAUUAUUUACAUGGGAAAGGAUUUUCAAUUUUGAAACAGCAUCUCUACCUCCAUUGUAAUGGUAAGGGUGCGUAUACUUUGGUACUUUAUCCGUACCUCACGUUGUGGGAUUACAUUGGAUAUGUUGUUUGUAUGUCAAAAGAACUGUCUGAAUCUUUUUUUCUUUUUCUUAUGAAAAAGAAAAAUCUUAGCCUAAUAAAAAUGAAUACUAUUUAAUAA